CGAGAACUGGCGACGGUCUCGGCGGUGGCGGCGGCGUGUCAGUGAGAGUAGCGUGGGGGCGGGGAGGAGAGGCGGCGGCGGCGGCGGCAGCGGUGGGGACCUUCGAGCGACGCCACACGGGGCUGGGGCGCUGGGAGCGGGGAGCAGCGCGGGGUCGUGGCGGCGGCGGUGAGGGAAGUGAGGAGGAGGGGGAGCCAUGGCGGGGCAACAGUUUCAGUACGAUGACAGCGGGAACACCUUCUUCUACUUCCUCACCUCCUUCGUGGGGCUCAUCGUGAUCCCAGCCACAUACUACCUCUGGCCCCGAGACCAGAAUGCCGAGCAAAUUCGAUUAAAGAAUAUCAGAAAAGUAUAUGGAAGAUGUAUGUGGUAUCGUUUGCGGUUAUUAAAACCCCAGCCAAAUAUUAUUCCCACUGUAAAAAAAAUAGUUCUGCUUGCAGGAUGGGCGUUGUUCUUAUUCCUUGUAUACAGAGUUUCCAAAACAGACCGAGAAUAUCAAGAAUACAAUCCUUAUGAAGUAUUAAAUUUGGAUCCUGGAGCAACAAUAGCAGAAAUUAAGAAACAGUAUCGUUUGCUGUCACUUAAAUAUCAUCCAGAUAAAGGAGGUGAUGAAGUUAUGUUCAUGAGGAUAGCAAAAGCUUAUGCAGCUUUAACAGAUGAAGAGUCCCGAAAAAAUUGGGAAGAAUUUGGAAAUCCAGAUGGGCCUCAAGCUACAAGUUUUGGAAUUGCCCUGCCAGCAUGGAUAGUUGACCAGAAAAAUUCAAUUUUGGUUUUACUUGUAUAUGGUUUGGCAUUUAUGGUUAUUCUUCCAGUUGUUGUGGGUUCUUGGUGGUAUCGCUCGAUACGCUACAGUGGAGACCAGAUUUUAAUACGCACAACACAAAUUUAUACAUACUUUGUUUAUAAAACCCGAAAUAUGGACAUGAAACGUCUUAUCAUGGUUUUGGCUGGAGCUUCUGAAUUUGAUCCUCAGUAUAAUAAAGAUGCCACAAGCAGACCAACAGAUAAUAUUCUAAUACCACAGUUGAUCAGAGAAAUUGGCAGCAUUAAUUUAAAGAAGAAUGAGCCUCCACUUACCUGCCCAUAUAGCCUGAAGGCCAGAGUUCUUUUACUAUCUCAUCUUGCUAGAAUGAAAAUUCCUGAGACCCUUGAAGAAGAUCAGCAAUUUAUGCUGAAAAAAUGCCCUGCUCUACUUCAAGAAAUGGUUAAUGUAAUCUGCCAACUAAUAAUAAUGGCCCGGAGCCGUGAAGAAAGGGAGUUUCGUGCUCCAACUUUGGCAUCCUUAGAAAACUGCAUGAAGCUUUCCCAGAUGGCUGUUCAAGGCCUUCAGCAGUUUAAAUCUCCCCUUCUACAGCUCCCUCACAUUGAAGAGGACAAUCUUAGAAGAGUUUCUAAUCACAAAAAGUACAAAAUUAAAACUAUACAAGAUUUGGUGAGUUUGAAAGAACCGGAUCGUCACAGUCUACUACACUUCCUUGAAGAUGAAAAAUAUGAAGAGGUUAUGGCUGUCCUUGGGAGUUUUCCAUAUGUAACCAUGGAUAUAAAAUCACAAGUACUGGAUGAUGAAGACAGCAAUAACAUCACAGUAGGAUCCCUAGUUACGGUGUUGGUUAAAUUGACAAGACAAACAAUGGCAGAAGUAUUUGAAAAGGAGCAAUCCAUCUGUGCCGCCGAGGAACAGCCUGCUGAAGAUGGGCAAAGUGAUACUAACAAGAACAAGACAAAAGGAGGAUGGCAGCAGAAGAGUAAAGGACCCAAGAAAACUGGUAAAUCAAAAAAAAAGAAGCCUUUAAAAAAAAAAACUACACCUGUGACAUUACCACAGUCAAAGCAGCAGAAACAGAAGCAGGCAAAUGGAGUAGUUGGGAGUGAAGCUGCAGUAAAGGAGGACGAAGAAGAAGUUUCUGACAAAGGCAGUGAUUCUGAAGAAGAAGAAACCAAUAAAGAUUCCCAGAGUGAAAAAGAUGAUGGUAGUGACAGAGAGUCUGAUAGAGAGCAAGAUGAAAAACAGAACAAAGAUGAUGAAGCGGAAUGGCAAGAAUUACAACAAAGUAUACAGCGAAAGGAGCGAGCUCUCUUGGAAACCAAAUCAAAGAUCACACAUCCUGUAUAUAGUCUUUAUUUUCCUGAGGAAAAACAAGAGUGGUGGUGGCUUUAUAUUGCAGAUAGGAAGGAACAGACAUUAAUAUCUAUGCCAUAUCAUGUGUGUACACUAAAAGAAACGGAAGAGGUAGAACUAAAAUUUCCUGCACCUGGCAAGCCUGGAAAUUAUCAGUAUACAGUGUUUUUGAGAUCAGACUCAUAUAUGGGUUUGGAUCAGAUUAAACCACUAAAGUUGGAAGUUCAUGAGGCUAAGCCUGUGCCAGAAAAUCACCCGCAGUGGGAUACAGCAAUAGAGGGGGAUGAAGAUCAGGAAGACAGUGAGGGCUUUGAAGACAGCUUUGAGGAAGAAGAAGAGGAAGAAGAAGAUGAUGAUUAAGCAGUACUGUGAGGAGAACACGGUGUUUGCACAUAUUGGCAAACUUUUGUUGUUUUAGAAGUGUAUAAUAAACCAAAAACAGUACAGAACUGAUGUUGAAGGAAGUGUUAGUUUCUUUACUAGAAAUGGGUGCAUAAAACAGGCAGUUGGUGGUGCCUUGGUACAGUCUGAAAAAUACUUAAGGCUUAUUAAAGCCUUUCACAUAUGGGAUGGUACAUUUAUUUCAUCUGCAAAUGAUAAUAAAUUCUUUGUUACUAUAACUGUCCAGAAGUGUGGGCUGUGUAUUAUCUGAUGAGGUUAUGGUCCCAGUAAAAGUUAAGGUACAUGAAAAAGUAAUCUAUAAUUGAGCAACUUUUCUUUGUUCAGCUUUAGUUUUAGUAAACAUUAACGUAUGGUGAAAGUCACAAUUGUGUUUUAAAUACCAUCUGCUCGUUUUUAAUCUCUUGAUAAGCUCUGUUACUUACUUAUUGAUAAUUUUUUGGUGAUGAGACAGCUCCAUACAUGAAAUGAAGCCUUUUAUUUUCACCUAUGUUGGUUAUUAGUUGACAUUUUGUCACAUUCCACAUAAUAUAGAGGGGUACAUUUUGGAAUUUUCCUUUCUUAAUUGCCCAGUUGUCAGAUUAUAAAAAUGGCUUUUAAUGGCUUAAAACAGUUUUACGCCUCUCUCUUAGCAGAUCAGUAUGGGAUCUUAUUCUUUUUGAUAAGCUGUAGGUCUAAAAUGAUUGUGGGACCAUACGUUCUCGGAUGUUGAUGGUUUAUGUUAUUAAACCUUUUUUUAAAAGGUUCACUAUAAAAGCUGAACUACACUCUUAGCUUUUAAUCUACCUAUCAGAAGCCUUUUAAGGAAAAUAAAUACAACACGCAAAGGAGGCAUUUUUUGUAUUCAUUUUGAACUCCUGUCAAUAAAAUAGAAGUUUGACUCAUUUUAUCUUUGUAAUUGUGUGUUUUUACUCCCAGGGAAAGGACAUAAAUAGGAUUAUCCUUUCUUUUAUUUUCCCACUAAUAAGUACUGUGGUACCUUGCUUCACGAAUGUUUUUGUUUGGAAACUCCACAUUGAAUGACAGACACGACUAUGGCUGUCUUUCCCAUACAAACACAUGGCCAUCUUUUCCAAAAUCAUAGAACAAACUUAAGUUCAUGAACCGAGGCACCACUGUAACACUAUACAUCAGUGCUGAAGUGACUGCUAUCUCUGUGUACUGUAGGAAAACCCAUGAGUGAGAGAUUUCUCCCCUCAUAGAACAACCAGAAGGGUAAUGCUUAAUGUAAAGAGUAGAAAUGGUGUACAUGAUGAGGCAUGAGGAAUAUUCUUAUUACUAGAUGUGGAGUAAACAUGUUAUAAGAUUGACUUCUUACAAUCUUAUUAAAAUCUCCACAGGGCAAAGUACUGUUGGAAUACUAACUUGUUACUGUUUAUUUAAAAGGUUGCUGUUCUCCCUGCAGAAUUACCAUUGGUAUUUUGUUAUUACAGUUAUUGGAAAUAAAAUUUGGAAAUUACCAAAAAUUUGAAUUUUGAGGGGGUUCUAAAUUUAGGAUAUAAUACUUCCCAUCAAAUGGUCAAAGAUGUUUUUACAUUGGAACUUUGGUCACCAGUUUGGUAAGAAUGCCUCUUGGCAGGCAGGAGGCUGUGCCAUUGACGGUGUUUUUCAUUUUAUAAAGGGGUGGGUUUGCUUUCAAAUCAGAUCAUACUCUGAAGCUUCCAGUAUCAAUCGUGGCACCCUAGCCAUGUCAGUGUGACAAGGCACAAGCUGCCUUGUGCCAAGUAAAGGAGAGACAGGUUAGAGAAGACACAUGGCAUGAGGUCAAGGAAACUGAGCAAACAAGGACAAUGCAAUAUUUGCAUUUCCUAGUUUUCUUGAAACAUAAUUUUCAAGAAAAAUAUUUCUUUUCUAGUGGCUAUUUUGCUUUAAGGACUCUGUACAAAGUUCAUUAAAGCAACUGGCUUCUUCUUGUUUUUAAGAUUGUCUAAAAAGGAAAAUUUCACAACCUAAUAACUCACCACAGUUCUUACAAAACAGCAUCACCUUGACAUUAGAAAGUUGUACCAGUCUGUUUUCCCUCACCCAUUGUGUGAUGUGUAUGAACAUCCCCUGGCCAAAAAAAAAAAAAAAACUUCCUCUAGUGAAUACCUUAUGUGACCACCUUUGCAGAAGUGAAAGAACUUAUAUGGUUCUCAUUUCUCAACUAAGUCAACAAAUUCCACAUCCCUUCUUAUUUUCUCUGGAAUGAGAUUAAUAAUUUACCUUGGUUUGCAUUUAAUCUAAUGGGAACAGUGAAGUUUCAUUUUUCUAUCAAAAAAAUCGAUGACAUUUUGUCCACUGAAUAGAUGAGUAGAUAAUACAGUGUGUAUACAAAGUGAAAUGGGUUAUUUAUGAAGCUUUUAAAUUGUGUAAUACUUAUCUCUUUAAAUUGGCUAAUUACCUAUUAAAACAAAACACAGCCUUCCAUGAGACUUUUGUUACUGGAAUCGAAAUCAUAACAGGUGUUGAGUGUUGCAUUUCCCAUGUGGAGAUCUCCAUCUCAUGUCUCUUUAAUUUUUUUUUUUUAAUUUGUAAGAUUUUGUCAUUGAGUGUACUGAGUGAGGGUUUCUAUGCAAAAUAAUACCUUGUACUCUGCUCUGUCUCUCCCAUCAUGUGCUGUGCAGCUGGCUUGGUCCACUGGGAGGCAGGAAGGUGGAGUGUAGGUGCAGUAGCUGACCGGGAGAGGGGAGAGGGCAUUGAUGCAGAGGCUGAGCACGGUAUUCUUGACCACAGCCUUUGUUCAUGUAAUUGAUUCAGCCAUUUCAACCCUUAUACUGGAGGGGUUUUUUUUUUGGUAACAAUUCAUAUUUCAAAUGAAAUCCAAUAUCUUUAUUUUUUUAAGCAGUUGUUCACUAUCAUAUUUACUAAAUUUCUAUGUGCCCAGCUCUGAGACUAGCAGGGCUAUAAAGAUAAAAUUCUUAUUAAAAACUCUAGUAGUCAAGCAGAUGUGUGGCAAUCCAUUUCUGUCCAUUUACCUGGGCUGGCGGCUGGUGUUUGACACCUUCCCAACCCAUCUCUCCACGGAAUUUGUUUUAGGGACUUGCUGUUUAAUUUAUUGCCACCCCCUUCACAUAGAAAAUCUUAUUCUUUGUUAUGCUUCUUUAAAGCAUUUUUCCUCCUAUUCUGAGUCAACUCCAUGAAAUCCUGUUUAGUUUGCCUUAAAGUGAAGCAAAUACUGGUGACCCCUAAUGUGACGCUUAGCAGCUGUGUAGUGAUUAGUCCAAAUGUCUCAAGAAGUUAGCACCAAGCAUCCUUACACAUUUAAACCUAGUGCUAGGGCUAUAUUGCAAAACUUACAGAUUUGAUCUUGUACAUUUUCCUGUUCCUGAGCUAAAAACCUAAAUAACAGCAGUCAUCGGCACACUUUAGGGCUGUGGUUUCAGGAAGGGGGUGUGUACAUGGGAGUAUGCAGAUGAUGAAUCCAUUGAGAAAAUGUUAAAAUGAUUAUUUGUAUUUAAUCUCAUCCUUUAAAUUUCUAUUUUUAUGUGUUUUAUAUUGUACAUAAUAUAUUGUACAAUUGUACAGUUCUAUAAUUUAUAAAUAAAUAAUACAUUUAUUGGUG